AUGUGGAGCCUCAAAACAAAUUGCACCGAUUGUCCAGCUAACCCCUCCGCGAGAAACAUCGACACCGCGCGUGAAGCCGGGCCGGGGGAGCCCACACACAGCAGCAUGGACGAGGACAACAAACUCCACUUCCCGUCUCUGCCUGCGACCACGGAGGACCUUCUGGACUGGGCUUAUCCAAUGAGAAGAGAAAUGCAGGAGAUAUUACCAGGACUAUUUUUAGGUCCCUACUCUGCUGCAAUGAAAAGCAAGCUGCCAAUCCUUGAGAGACAGGGCAUAACACAUGUUGUGUGUGUCCGCCAAGAUAUUGAAGCCAAUUUUAUCAAACCUAAUUUCCCUCAUACAUUUAGAUACCUUGUGUUAGACAUUGCUGACAAUCCAGUGGAAAAUAUAAUACGAUUUUUCCCUUCAACUAAAGAAUUUAUUGAUGGCUGCUUAGCAACAGGAGGAAAGGUACUGGUUCAUGGUAAUGCAGGGAUAUCAAGAAGUGCUGCCUUAGUGAUUGCAUACCUUAUGGAAACCUUUGGGAUGAAAUACAGGGAUGCAUUCAGCCACGUCCAGGAGAGAAGGUUCUGCAUCAACCCCAAUGUGGGUUUUGUGCAUCAGCUACAGGAAUAUGAAGCGAUCUACCUAGCCAAAUUGACCAUUAAAAUGAUGUCACCGAUGCAGUUGGGCAGGUCCUUCUCAUUACAAGCUGGGAUGCCAGGAAGCCGUAAACGCAGCCUGGAGGAGGAUGAGGAGUUUGGAGCAAUGCAGGUCACAGCAGCACAGAACGGAUGAGCUUUGCUGAUAUUUAGCCGUGUGGCGCAGUGCACUCAAUUUUUUUUCCACAUUUUUAAUGGGAUUAAAAAUGUAAAUAUUUGAACUUUUUCUAAGGGGGGGGGACUAGGGUGGGACGGGGACCACUCAUGUCUGAGACAUGGGGUGACUGACCGGGAUCGGGCCAAUUUGAUAACUCCUUUUUUUUCUCGAGCUGUAUGCACUGAUGGGAGAUUUUUUGCAGUUUUAUAGUAUUUAAAGCAUUUUGCAUUUGCAGCGGGACAGUAUUGCAAUAAUGCACUUUCGAUACUUGAAUUUGUGUAGAUGACCAGAAUGGGGCAGUCGGCAAAAGGGAAAGUAGCCAGGACGUCGCCCAGUGGAGGACGAGAAGAGGAAUAGCUAAUGCCUUUAUUUUGGGAGUAAUAGGAUUAUGGACUAAUAUCAGGCUUAAUGUGGUAUAUUAAUGAAUGGAAAAUAACAACUCACUGCUUAAUAAAAACAAGUCUGACUGAAUCCUGUUCAGAUGUGUUUCGUACCAUAAUGUAAUGCUGUGCUUUUCUGAAGAGGUUAUUAUCCGAGAAUUCUAAAAAAAAAAAAAAAGUUUAUCGACAAAAUGCAGAGCAGAUUUUUCAGCAAUUAUGUAAAACACAUUUUACAGUCACAAGUUUUACUUUUUUUUAUUUUCUAGAGGCUGUUUCAGUUACAGUCACUGACAUACACUAUUAUCAGUCCACUGUCCUACUUAUUGUGCGUUGAGCUCUGUGGGCAGAAUGCGCUGACUCAACAGGCAAAAAUCUGAGAAACAAAUUAGCAUUAACAACCAUAGAAAGUUGGCAUAAAUGUAAAAACGUGGUUUGUUUUUCUCAAAAUCCUUUGUACAACAGGGGCCUUCUCA